GUAAACAUAUUAAAUUAAAUAAAGAUUAUUUAAAAUAAAGUGGAAAAUGCAUCAUCAUCAUGUACCACAGCCGACAAAAAAUAGUAUGAGCGCACCACCAUCCACAUCAACAUCUGCUGCUGGAAAUGUAACCAGAGCAAUAACAACACAACAACAAAGACGUCGAAAAAAGAGACCUAAUUACGGCACACGCACAUUAGAGGUGCGUCGUGGAUUUAGUGGUUUUGGAUUUACUAUAUCGGGUCAACAACCAUGUCGUUUAUCGUGCAUUGUCAGCAAUUCGCCCGCAGAUCAGGCUGGUUUGCGAGCAGGUGAUUUUUUAAUAUCGGUCAAUGGUUUAAACGUAUCUAAGUUGCCACAUGAAACAGUAGUACAAUUAAUUGGGAAUUCAUUCGGUAGUAUACGUAUGCAAAUCGCAGAGAACUACUAUUCAGAUAGUUCGGAUGAGGAGAAUGCUACACUACAACAGAAUCCACAUUCACUGAGGUUACAUAAUACAUCGGGAUUACGUUACCUGCACCACAAAACGAAACUGCAUCGUAUGCGUAACUCACCCCAAAAAAAACGAGGGGAAACUUCUUUGAAGCAUAAGGGCCAAACCGAGCGAGGCCAGACUAAAAGAACCUCAAAGGAAGCAUCUAAAAAACAUAUGGCUGAGAGUUUAACAUUAUCGAAUUUAUGUCCAUUGAUGGAGGAUAUACCUUUGAGACCCUUAGCUGUUAUGAGCGAAUCCAUAAAGCCUUGCACAACUCCUGCUGCAGUCUACAAUUCCAACGUCGCCAAUGUUAGUGCCAUGGUCCGUGUACCUAGUAAUGCUUUAGAAUAUCGGGCUGUUGUAGGUUACUUAGGAACUAUUGAAAUGCCGAAACAAAUUUCACAAAGUAGUAAAUUGCAAACCGUGCGGUCUUGUAUACGAAAAUUGCGUCAAGAAAAGCGUCAACCUUCAACUGUGUUAAUGAUUAUACUUCCAGACAGUUUGCAUCUACAGGCGGCCAAUGGUACGGUAUUAGCUACAUACGCAUCGUCAAGGCUAAGCUACGUCAGUUCAUCAUCAGAAAGUGAGAAUCGUUUUUUCGGUUUGGUUACAAGCGCUGUGCAUACGACUCCUUUGGAUGAAGAUAAUGAUGAACAGGAUAAUGAAGCCCCCACGCUUUCCAGCAGCAUCACAAGUCAUAUAACCAUAUCUAAUAGUUGUCAUGUUUUUGUUGUAGAUACCAAGUUGUGUGAACAUCAAUUGCACCUGGAACGAGCUCAAGAUUUUCAUAUAGAAUGCACAAAAGAUCUUAUAUCAAGCUUAUGUUUAGAAUUCCCCAGCAAUUCAGAAUAUGUGGUUAAUUUAAUACGAAGUAUGUAUACUAUGCGAAUUUUGCCACCGGCUACACAGCGUUGCAAUUCUGGUGAUCAUUGCGUGCAGGCGUCAGGAGGUGAGGCUGCCCAUUCACCACAACCAAGCAAUCAUAGUGAAAUGUCCACUACAACCUCGAAUUCGGAUUCAGGAAUAGGCUUUCACAACGACUGUCGCAACAUAUCAGAUCGUAUUGUUGUUGUUGAUUUUCCUCAAGUCGACUACCUUCCGAUACGUUCUAUGGGAAUACAGUCUUCACGACCCACGGGCAUAUUUCAGCGUUUAAACUUGGAACAGCCUAAUCCUCCAGUCGUAUCAGCUGAGAAUAAACGCUUGUCUGUACGUGCUUUAGCUGAUGCAGUAUCUAACCCAAUAACAUCUAUUAAUGGUUUCAUGACUACACGCUCAUGCGAUGAUGUUCUCAGUUUACUUGAAAACGAUGAGACUAUUGCUCCUUCAUAUACAAAUCAUCAGCAUGUUUCUGUAGAUGACAUACCGUUGAAUAAUGUUUCAUUGAAUGGCGAAGAACGGAAACUUUUUUUGCAUCCUUCGUCGAUUGAGCGAGAUAGUUCACAUUUUUUAUCGGAAGGCCUAUCGUCCAAUAAAACUAGACGAAGUAAACAAGUGCUGGAUAAAUUAAGUCCGCAAGUUUAUGAUUUAGGUAUUUCUUUCAUAAAAACAUCGAAGAGCAAAAUAUCACCUAAGAACUGCUCCUUUUCGGAUUGCAAACCUGCUGAUGAUCCGGUUACAAUUGUAAAUGAGACUUCUGAUCAAAAUCGAAAUCCGCAGGAUUUGCAACAGAAGCAAGCUUUAAAAUCUGUGAAGUAUUCAGAGCUCACUAGUAGCGAACCUGAUUUAUGCGCUAGUAUAGACAGAAAUUUUUUGUCUCAACGUCGUUCUUGGGUUCAGUCAUCAUUAAGGACUUUCCGAUCAGAUAGAAAUAGUGUAAAUAGGAAUGAAAAACUUUCAAUUGAUAAUAAUGUCUGCCCACUACAGAGAUCGGUUUCUCUCAGCGACAAUAUUCUUAAUAACGAUUUGGUCGACAAGCAGACGAAGCCAGUAUCCGAUCACGGAAAGAGUGAAAAAGAACUAAAUGAAAACAGCCGAGUUUCAUCGUGGGCCACAUCAUUUGCAAAUCUCCUCGAAGAUCCGCUUGGAGUGAAAACUUUUGCUGAAUUCCUGCGAUUAGAAUAUUCUGCCGAAAAUAUAUAUUUUUGGACGGCAUGUGAGCGCUUUCGCCACAUUGACAACGAAGCCGAACGUAUAAUUCAAGCAAAAAUAAUAUUUUCGAAACAUUUGUCCGACAUGGCUACAGAACCAGUCAACGUAGACUCUCAAGCAAGGAACGCUGUUGAAAAGAGACUUCGGCAAUCGGCAGAUGUAGAAGUCUUUGUUGUAGCUCAAAAACAAAUUUUCAAUCUUAUGAAAUACGACAGUUACCAGCGAUUUAUACGCUCCGAUCUAUUUAAGAAAGCUCUACAGGCGCAAGAAAGAGGAGAAUGUCUGCCCUUCGAGAAAGAUAACUUGGACGAUCUGUUAAAAACAAAUUUUACCUCAGAUGCCUCGACAAAUUUAAAAAAAUCCGCAAGCAACGCCGAAGACCGUCGACGCAAAAGUUUACUGCCUUGGCAUCGCAAAAUGCGUAGAAAAUCAAGAGAUCUCAGUGAAGAAAAUGUUCGCCGACAAACUUGUAAAAAUUUUGCUUUGACAAGCAAAAAUCAAAGAUCGACUUUCUUUAACGAUUUGCAUGGGUCACGAUCCUCCCUUUCAUCUUAUGAUGCAUCUAUGAUGGGCAGUGCAGCAUCCUUAAAUACUAACACUCCUUUAUGUCGCGUAAAGUUACCAGAUGGGUCUACAACGAUUAUACAAAUUCAAGUCGAAGAAACUGUUGGCGAAUUGGUUAAGCGGAUUCUAGAGAAACGUGGUCUGAAGUAUAAAACGUUUGAAGUGUUUGUUAGAGGCUUAACCACAAAAUCCGUAAAUCUGCAAACACUUAGUCAGGAAAUUGCCGGCAAAGAAAUAGAAGUAGAGCAGAGGGUAGCAUUCAAAUUAGACCUGCCCGACUUUAAAGUUAUUUCAGUAAAAAGCAAACCCCGUAAAACACUAUAUGAUGUUAUGAAACCCAUUCUACACAAAUAUAACUAUCAAUUGGAAGAAGUCGAAACCUUAUAUAAAGACACAAAGGAGAAAAUCGAUUUACACCAACAUGUUGCCGAGGUUGACGGUCAACGCUUGCAAGUGCUAAUAAAAUCAAAUAAGAUAAAAUUUGUAAAACCAUUGCCAGUUAAAGGAAUAAAUGCGCAAAUUACUUUGAACGAAAUGACGAACACAGUUUUUAAGAAUUUAAUGGAGGGCAAGUUGCAAAAUCGAACUUUAACAAAAUCCGACGAUUCGAAUUCCCUAAAAUCGAAUGAUUGCGAUUCUCACACUUCCUCCAUUCCCGAUCGCACACGCAGAAGGGAUUCGGCUAAUUUAAUAAACUUAAAAUCGAAAAAAAAGUUACAUGCAAAAGUAGCUUAUGAUGAACUGGCUCCCUUUAAUAGGUCACUAGCAAAUAAUUUAAAAGGAGUCAACUGUAAAUUGCCUUUCAAUAAAAGUGUUCCUGAUAAGGCGAUCGAGAACCAAGACGAAUUGCUGGAAGGUUUAAAAAGAGCUCAGCUGGCCCGCUUAGAAGAUCAACGAGGCACCGAAAUUAAUUUCGAGUUACCCGACUUUCUAAAAAACAAAGAAAACCUUUUAAAAAGUUUGAAUAGGAGCGCAGAAAACACAACUAAGAAUAAAAGUAGGUAUGGAACAUAUAUGGGAAGACCGCAACCGGCUCCCAGAUUAUCCAUUACCAAUAAAAAUCGCUUAGUUAGCACAUCCGACGAACAGGCGUCAAUUAGAUGUAAUAACGAAGUACAACCAACAACUUCCAGUUCAAAAAGUCCGCCGCCCUUACCGCCUAAACCCAAGGUUUUGCCAAUAAAACCGUCCAAUUGGGGUGUUGCAACAGCACAUCCUAUUUGCUCAUCUGUCGCAACAGCAGCCGUACCACAAUUAUUUAACAAAUUAUCCAAAACUACAGAAAUGGUAACAGGAGCAGCUAUAAGUAAAGUAGCACUAAUAGCAGCAGCAUAUUUAGAAGAACCAAGCAGUAGUUUUGUAUAA